GCCGGCUCGGCCGGCCUCCUCCUCUCGGGUUCUCAGACGCCGCCGCGGCCGCCGUCGCCCCCACCUGUCAAACACGAGAACCCCCGUCCCGAAACACCACCUGGACGAACAGCCAACAACAACACCACGCAACACAGAGAGAGAGAGAGAUCGGAUCAAAUCAGAACCGCAUUUGCGCGUUCGUUCGUUUUCUGUAGCUCCGAUAAAACCUGAACGCCCGAGCCCCAGCGCUCGCUCUCUCCUCCGCUCCCCCAAAUCUUCUCCUCCUCCUCCUCCUCCUCCUCCGAGUCAAUCGCGUCUCGCUCACGUCCCGCGUGGCGUCCACGAUCGCCACUCGAUUCCGCGUGGAUUUUUGUUUCCUUUUUUUCUCUCUCUCUCUCUCCGUUCCGGCGUGAAGCGUUGUGGGGAGUUGGUUAGCGGCUGGGCGAGCCUGGUCCUCAAUCGGCUUGAGAGUCGAGGGGGUUUUGGGAGGCGGGGUGUGAUCGACAUGGCGAUGGCGGCGGAGGCUGGGGCGGCGAUGACGGUGCCGCUCGGCGUGCUGCUGCGGCGGGAGGUGACGAGCGAGCGGAUGGAGCGGCCGGACGUGCUGUGCGGGGAGGCCACCCGCAGCCGCAAGGGCGAGGACUUCACCCUGCUCCUCUCUGAGGCUGGGCAGCGGGUCGCCGGCGACCCGUCCACCUCCUUCUCCGUCUUCGCGCUAUUUGAUGGGCACAACGGAUCUGGAGCGGCCACAUACACAAAGAAGAAUCUGUUGGACAAUGUCCUGCGUGCUACUCCUUCGGGUUUGAGCAGGGAUGAGUGGCUUGCAGUGCUUCCACGUGCACUUGUUGCAGCAUUUGUCAAGACAGAUAAAGAUUUGCAAGCAUUAGCUGAAACUUCUGGUACAACUGUCACAUUUGUGAUAAUAGACGAGUGGGUUGUAACAGUAGCAUCAGUUGGUGAUUCACGCUGCAUACUAGAGUCCGCCGAUGGUUCACUAUACCAUUUGUCAGCUGAUCAUCGCUUUGACUCCAACCGAGAUGAGGUUGAGCGUGUUACUGCAUGGGGAAGCAAGGUUGGGAAACUGAAUGUUAUUGGUGGUCCAGAGGUUGGUCCUUUAAGAUGCUGGCCAGGUGGCUUGUGCCUAUCUAGAUCAAUUGGAGAUAUGGAUGUCGGUGAAUGCAUCAUCGCUGUUCCUCAUGUGAAGCAAGUGAAGCUAUCUAAUGCUGGAGGUAGAAUUAUCAUUGCAAGUGAUGGCGUAUGGGAUGAUUUGACAUUUGAAAUGGCUCUUGAAUGUUCUCGUGGAUACCCUUCCGAUAUAGCUGCCAAUCGAAUUGUCAAUGAAGCGAUCCUACCUCGAGGACUAAGAGAUGAUACCACUUGCAUCGUGGUGGACAUACUACCUCCAGAAAAACUAGCUCCUAGUCCUCCAACAAAGUGGCAGGGGAAGUUCCAGGGGAAGGUUGUACUCAACAAUAUGUUCCGCAGAAAACAUCCAAAUGUCUCCUUUAAAAUAGAUAGAGAAUAUGCUGAGCCAGAUGUAGUGGAAGAAAUAUUUGAGGACGGGUCCCCUAUGCUUUCAAAAAGGCUCACUACAGGAUAUGCACUUCAGAACAUGUUUGAACCCUCCAGCUGUGCAGUUUGCCAGCUAAGACUAAGAGCUCAUCAGGGGAUUUCCAUACACGCCAACCCACUGCAACAUGAAAAAUUGCAAGGUUGGCAAGGUCCUUUCCUUUGCCAAAGCUGUCAUGAAAAGAAGGAAGCAAUGGAGGGCAAACGACGUCCAAUAGAUUCGUCUACGGCAGAUGUCUUUGGUCACGUGGUGCAGGCCUGAUAGCUGAAAUCAUUCUUUAAUAGACAUUUUUUUCAUUACCAGGAACAUUAGUUAGUUGACCGCAUAGUAUUUUUUAUACCUUGACCAUUAUAGUCAAGUAAUACAAAGUAUUCUUGACAAGAGUUAGUUGGAGAUCCAUUGGUCAGUUGGACCAACACAGAAAAGUGCACGUCGUUCAAAAGAAAAAGCAGUCAUUAGAAUAGCUUUACUGUAUAGGGGUUUAAAGGAUCACUAAUGUUUUUUUGUAGAUGAGUUCAGUGACGAUGGUUGAGAAAAAGAACGAUUGUUUGAAUGCUUUAAACUUACAUUCUUUUCUUUUGAAAUCUACACUUGAUGAGGUAUUUUUUCC